AAUCAUAGAGGCAGUGAGCUUGGAAAUGUGAACCAUAGAGCCAAUCUGAACCUGUGAGAUUUUCUUGUAUUCCUGCAAAAGCUGUACCUGAGUGUAAAAAAGCUUUUGAUGAGAAUGGUUGGGAUUUUUCUUACUGUGUUGUAAAUAUCAUAAUUUGACAGAGUGCAGGUUUGUCGGCUGCACAUCAUCCACAGUCAACGCGUUUUUUAGGUCCUGCAAACUGGGGGAAAUUGUUCGUUUGGAGUAACAUCAUAUAAAAUGAAUCGAGGUAUUAUAUUAUUAGGAAUAAAUACUGAAACGCAGCACGGUUAAGGUAAGAACCAGGAAGAGGCUCCGGACCGCUAGAGGGCGCUGCGCGUGCUGGUCGGUGCACACUGCAUACUGCAGAAGAAGAGAACUCAGACACAUGGUUGUAAAUAGUCCAAAAUGAUACUGAUAGGUAGUCAGUAUUUAUCUCUAAUUUACAGCCUGCAUUAAACAUACUGCAUUUCUUUCUUUUUUCUUAAGAAGUUUAGACGCUUGAGGACUAGAGAAUAAUUUUCAUCUGGGCAAAGCGCGCGUGCUGACAUGAGUUUGCUGGCUCUGGUUAGCUGUAGGAGUGCAGCAGGGAGGUGUUUCUGCAGCAAGCCUGCUGUUCUUCAUGGCAGAAAGCUCAGUGAUCAUGUUCACAAACCAGAGCAAAUUCAGAGAGAAGAGGAGAGACAGAGGCAGGGGAAGGGGAAGGGGAAGGGGAGGCCCCCGGGGCAGGUGUCCGUGCUGCUGUUCCCCGGGCAGGGCAGUCAGUUUGUGGGCAUGGGCAGAGGACUGCUCAAGUACAGCAACGUGAAGGACAUGUUCACCGUGGCUGAGAAAGUGCUGGGCUAUGACCUUCUCUCACUGUGCUUAAAUGGACCUGAGGAGGAUCUGAUGAAGACUGUGCAUUGCCAGCCUGCAGUGUUUGUCACCUCUUUAGCUGCUGUGGAAAGACUGAAUCAUGAAAACCCUGCUGCGAUAGAGAACUGUGUUGCUGCUGCUGGUUUCAGUGUUGGGGAGUUUGCUGCUUUGGUCUUCUCAGGUGCGAUGGACUUUGCUGAAGCUCUUUUCGCAGUGAAAGUUAGGGCAGAAGCCAUGCAGAAAGCUUCUGAUGCAAUCCCGAGUGGAAUGUUAUCUGUAAUCGGUAAACCUCAAGCCAAUUACAAACACGCCUGCCUUCAAGCAAGAGAGCACUGUUUGUCUCUGGGUAUACAGAAUCCUGUUUGCUCCAUCGCAAACUACCUGUUUCCAGAUGGGAGGGUCAUCGCUGGACAUCUUGAGGCGCUGGACUUCCUCCAGAAAAACUCGAAGCAGCUGCACUUUGCUCGGACGAGGCUGCUGCCGGUAAGCGGGGCUUUCCACACGGAGCUGAUGGAGCCGGCCGUGCAGCCUCUGAGCGACGUGCUGCGCCAGUUAGAGGUGCGCCGGCCUGAGGUUGCUGUCCACUCCAACGUCGAUGGAAAGCGUUACAUGCAAGAAAACCACGUGCGGCGGCAGCUGGCCAAGCAGGUGGUGUCACCGGUGAAGUGGGAGCAGACGCUGCAUGAGAUUUAUGAGCGAACUCAGGGCCAGGACUUUCCUAACACAUAUGAGGUGGGACCUGGGAGACAACUGGGGGCUACGCUGCAGAAGUGCAACAUGAAGGCAUUCAGGAACUACACACACGUUGACGUGGCACUGCCACAAGACGAUUGAGAGACGUUUAGGAAAUGGCAGCGCAGUGAGAUUUUCAGAAGUUACCACACUCUCUUACCAAGUUAUGAUAUUCCGGAUCAUACUGCUAGGUUCCCAGAAUUCACUGAAAUUGUGUCAGUUAGCUUGCUACACUUCUUUUAGUCUGAUCAGAUUACAUUAUGACAUGUUAAAUUUAACGGUUCUGUAUUUGUGGGAAAAUGCAAAAUGUGAAAUGUUUAACUUGGAGAAAGACGAGAAUAACCAGCAAGACAUUGUUUAACAUCCUGUUUUCCAAAUGACGAAAAAAAAAAGACACAACUGAAUAUUCCAUCCAACAAAUUUUAUUAUUAUUUGCAUUGCAGUGAAAACAUCAAAUUGAAAGUCCAGCUUCCUAUAAUAGCAUAGCAAUUGUUUUAGAGGAAGAGGUAAGAGAGUGAAUAUGGCCCAAUUAACCAGCAACAGACCCUACUGUAAACCAACAACGGCAUCAAAUAACUUACAAAAAUUGUGUGAACCAGCACUCAAGUUGCAAUUUAGGUAGAAUACAAUCAUAUAAAAU